AUGAUCCCCCUCGCCUUCCUCUCCCUCCUCCUCCUCCUCCUCCUCCUCCUCUCAACCGUCGUCACGCCCGCGACCCUCGCUCGCUGCAGCGACCACCCAGCAAGCUGUCCACCACCACCACCCGCCUCCAAGACCUACUGCACCGUCCCCAGCAGACUCUUCGUGCAGUUCUCCAACACCACAAUCUGCACGCUCGCCUCCCUCGUUGUCGACGACGACGACGACGGCGCCGCCGCCGCCGCCGCCGCCGCUGCCGCUGAGGGAGAGGGGAAGCAGCAGCAGCAGCAGCAGCAGCAGCAGCAGGCCCAGCUCUUCGCGUACGACGAUAGGUGCGAGGAAAUCAGACGCCACGAAGGGGUCAAGCUAGGGCUGCGGGCGGAGUGGAAGGACAUCGCGGGUGCGGACGUCACUGUUCUGGUUCCGGUCGCGGCGGACGGCGUGACGGAGAUGACUUACAACGGGACGAGAUUCGGCGGGGGGGAGGACUAUUACUAUAGGGCGCGUUGCUAUGCGGUUGGGGGUGGGGGGAGGGCUUGUGAGAUUAUGUUUGUUUGUCAGGGUGGGCAUUGGGAUCCGGCGAGUGGGCAUUUGACUCAUUGGGGGUAG